AUGGCGCUGGCGUUCGACGAUUUCGGACGGCCCUUCAUCAUCCUGAGGGAGCAGGAGAGCAAGUCCCGCCUGCGGGGGCUCGACGCGCACAAGGCCAACGUCGCCGCCGGCAAGGCCGUCGCGCGCAGCCUCCGCACCUCCCUCGGCCCCAAGGGCAUGGACAAGAUUCUCCAGUCCCCCGACGGCGACGUCACCAUCACAAAUGACGGAGCGACGAUCCUGGAGCAAAUGGAUGUUGACAACCAGAUUGCAAAGCUUAUGGUGGAGCUUUCCCGUAGUCAAGACUAUGAAAUCGGGGAUGGUACUACUGGGGUGGUGGUCCUGGCAGGGUCGCUCCUGGAACAAGCUGAGAAACUGCUAGAGCGUGGUAUUCAACCGAUAAGAAUUGCCGAAGGAUAUGAAAUGGCUUCCAAGAUAGCUUUUGAUCACCUCGAACAUAUCUCCACUAGGUUUGAGUUCACUGCUGCAAAUAUAGAGCCCUUGGUGCAGACCUGCAUGACAACUCUGUCCUCAAAGAUUGUUAACCGUUGUAAGCGGAUGCUUGCUGAGAUUGCUGUCAGGGCAGUCCUUGCUGUUGCUGAUUUGGAAAGGAAGGAUGUAAACUUGGACUUGAUUAAAGUAGAUGGUAAAGUUGGUGGGAAGCUAGAGGACACUGAGCUAAUAUACGGAAUCGCUGUUGACAAAGAUAUGAGCCACCCACAAAUGCCAAAGAGAAUCGAGGAUGCUAAUAUUGCCAUCCUUACCUGCCCAUUUGAGCCCCCAAAGCCCAAGACAAAGCAUAAGGUUGACAUUGACACUGUAGAAAAAUUCCAGACGAUGCGUGGACAAGAGCAAAAAUACUUUGAUGAAAUGGUUCAGAAAUGCAAGGAUGUUGGUGCAACCUUAGUUAUCUGUCAGUGGGGUUUUGAUGAUGAAGCCAAUCAUUUGCUUAUGCAAAGAAAUCUGCCCGCUGUGAGAUGGGUUGGUGGUGUUGAAUUGGAAUUGAUUGCCAUAGCUACAGGGGGACGUAUUGUUCCAAGAUUCCAAGAGUUGACUCCUGAUAAGCUUGGGCAGGCUGGCUUGGUUAGAGAGAAGUCAUUUGGAACAACAAAGGAUCGAAUGCUUUGCAUUGAGAGAUGUGCAAAUUCCAGAGCUGUAACUAUCUUCAUCCGUGGCGCUGAGAUAUCUUGCUCUGUUGCUGUCGAAGCUGCAGCAGAUCGAUAUGCUGGAGCCGAGCAGUAUGCAAUUAGGUCGUUUGCUGAUGCGCUGGAUGGGAUUCCACUAGCCUUGGCUGAAAACAGUGGUUUGCCACCUAUUGAUACGUUGACUGCGGUAAAAUCUCAGCAAAUUCAGGAGAACAAUCCCUACUGUGGCAUCGACUGCAAUGACGUCGGGACCAACGAUAAGAGAACAGAACGUCUUUGA